AUGCUCGAGUCCACAGACGACACAGUGUUCGCCCUCACUGAAACGUGGUUAGAUGAAACGACACGCGACGGCCAAAUUGCCGACACUACCCGGUACCAGAUCUUUCGCAAAGACCGCUCUACCUCCCGUGGGGGCGGAGUAAUGGUGCUCGCCCCGUCUCAUAUCAUCUGUCAGCGCCGAGCCGACCUGAAGCAGGAUAACCUUGAGGCUGUCUUCGUAGAAUUGCGGACUCCCCGCAGCAAGUUCCUUCUGGCCUGUGUUUACAUAGCCCCAAACACGCACUCCUCGAGCUUUGGUUCUCUCCAGACUUCUAUCGACAGACUUUUGGAACUCGGCACAUCCUAUGCAAGUGUUUACCUACUAGGUGACUUCAAUGUGCAUAUUGAUUGGAGAGACCUAUCGUCGCCUAUAGCUGCUGACCCAGCAUCCCAGCAGCUCCUUGAGAUGGUAGAGACUGCCGGUCUCGUCCAGCUCUGCAGCGACCCCACAUACCGGUCAGCUGCCGGCAAUGAGUCACAACUUGACCUUUGUUUCACUACAAACCCUACCCUUGUAUUGGACUGCUACGCACAGGAAAGUCUGGUCGGCUGCGACCACAAGGCUAUACACAUUGAAUGUUACACGUCUCUCCCCCGCCAAGGACAUUUCACCCAAAUGAUAUACCGGUAUGGAAAGACGGAUCUCUCCCACCUACGCGCGCUCCUUCACCUUGCCCCCUGGUCGAUGGUGCUGUCUGAACCCUCUACCCACGAAAUGUACGAGCUCUGGACUGACUUUAUGACUGCAAUCCAGACGGAAUGCGUUCCUCACUCGCCAGCCUCGAAGAAAAAGAGGCCUCCGUGGAUCACCACAGACAUUGUAAAACUUGCAAGACGAAAGCGCCUACUCUUCAAUCGUGCUCGAAAGCGACACUGUACAUCUAGCUACGUUGAAGCGAGAAGUUUGCAAAAAGACAUAAAGAGGCUGGUACACAUAUCUCAUCAGGAGUAUGUCACCAGCAUUGCAGCCCGAGCAGCCAAAGAGCCCAAGCUGUUUUGGGCCUACGUCAAAUCCCAAAGAAAGUCCUCUUCACCUGGCCACCCAGUCUUCAAACACAACCAGAAACUUGUAUCAGACCCCCCCACUAUAGCCUCUCUGUUUAGUGAACACUUCUCCUCAAUUUGGUCUCCCCACAUGACUUCCGCCUCACCUCUACCCCGAAUGCCUCUCGUACCUCCCCAAGCCUCCCCCUCCCACCCAGCUAAUCCCGAGUCGUCCCCUCCACCUGGAGCCUCUCUGUCAUCCCUAUCCAUUACCGAAGAAGACUUGGAGGAAUCACUGUCCUCCCUUCGCCCAGCACAGAACCCUGGACCAGACCGAGUGCAUCCUGCUUUUCUCCAGCUCUCCGCACCUCUGAUCAAGCCCAUCCUGAUCCACAUGUUUCAACGCAUAGUCGACUCUGGCACCGUACCUCUUCAAUGGAAGAGAUCCAUCAUAACACCCAUCCACAAAGGUAAUGGACUUGACACCAACAAUAUUGAUUCGUAUCGCCCCAUCGCCUUCACUUCAGUUGUGAGCCGCACACUGGAAAGAAUAGUAAAUACAAAAAUCCUGAACCACCUGGAGGACAAUGGCUUGCUAAAUCAGGCACAACACGGAUUUCGAAGGGGACGCAGCUGCGACACUGCCUUGGCAGUAGCAGUUCACAUGCUUAGCUCACACCUAGACCAGCGCAUCCCUUGCCAACUAGUACAAUUGGAUUUUUCAAAAGCAUUCGAUCGUAUCGACCACGCACUUCUCCCUAAAAAACUCCAGAAAGUGGGGAUUGAGGGUUCCUUGGCCAACUGGCUAAUGGACUUUGUCAGGAAUCGAACCCAGCGAGUUGCCUUCCACGGUCAUCUCUCGUCACCCUGUACUGUGCUCGCCGGUGUGCCGCAGGGCAGUGUGCUUGGCCCUACACUUUUCUCGCUGUACAUAAACGACAUCACCGAUGGACUGAAAUCUAAGGCAAUACUGUACGCAGACGACCUCUCUCUGAUACAACCAGGAAUCUCUAAGGACGCAGUCACCUCCCUUCAAAACGACCUCGAUACCUGUUACAGGUGGUCCGUAACACACAGCCUCCCACUAAACCCUACAAAAUGCCUUAGCAUGACAGUCAGCCUGUCCUUGGCUAAGCCCUCACACUCCCCACCCCUUGCAAUAGGUGGCACCGAACUCUCUCGUGUCACUCACACAAAACUGCUCGGAGUCGCAUUCGAUGAGCGCCUCGAUUUUAGUCGCCACAUCCAGGGAACUGCUUCACGUGCGAGGCGGACACUGGGUUUCGUCACCCAAGUUACGCGCGGCAUGCCAGCCGCACCACUCAGGCACCUAUACACGUCGCUGGUACUCCCGCAGCUGGAAUUCUGUUCUGCUAUCUGGGACCCCCCCCUCAACACGCAUAAGAAAUCUCUUGAGUCCAUACAGCGGAGGGCAGCCCUUACGCUGUACCGACGAGAUUCCCCCUCGUCGCACCACACUGCCGCCAGAGAUAUUUCCACUACCAGACUCCUGCAGUACGCCCAGUGGCGGACUCUGCAACACCGCAGAGACGUAGCCUCGAUCAGGCUCUUCUGCCUAAUGAUGGGUGCUGGCCACCCUGACGUGCCUUCCCCACCUCGCCUCAACAAGCGAACUGGCCGACUACAACCUCCACUGUCGCGAACUUUGCGCCACAAGACAUCGUGCCUAAUGCGUGCUGCAGAAAUUUGGAGGUCACUCCCACACCACCUCACGGAGUCAAUCCCCUGCAACCGAGACGACAUCCGCGAGUUGUGUAGAACAGUUACUCGGACAAUAGCAUAA